AGCGCGGCCUCCGCGGCGGCUCCGACUCCGACUCCCCGCGCCGCCGCUGCCUCUCCGGCCCUGCACGCCGCCCGCCCGGCCCAGCUCUUGCCGGGGCCCCUCGCCUCGUCCCUGCUAGGUCGAACCCGGGGACGGCGAAGUCCGAGGGACGCACGCGCGAGGGCCCUUUUGUGGACUUCACGACAGCCAACAUCUGGGCGCAGCGCGGGCCACCGCUGGCCGCCGCGCCGCCGCUGUGCCUUGGGGACCGUAGAAGGCGCAGCCCCGAGGCCAGAGACUUCGGUUCAGGACCAGCCCCCCGGGAUGCGGUAGCGGCCGCUGCGCGGAGGCCGCCAAGCAGCUGCAGCCGCCACCAAGCAGAUCCACGCUGGCUCCGUGCGCCAUGGUCACCCACAGCAAGUUUCCCGCCGCCGGGAUGAGCCGCCCCCUGGACACCAGCCUGCGCCUCAAGACCUUCAGCUCCAAGAGCGAGUACCAGCUGGUGGUGAACGCAGUGCGUAAGCUGCAGGAGAGUGGUUUCUACUGGAGCGCCGUGACUGGUGGCGAGGCGAACCUGCUGCUCAGCGCCGAGCCCGCCGGCACCUUCCUCAUCCGCGACAGCUCGGACCAGCGUCACUUCUUCACGCUCAGCGUCAAGACCCAGUCCGGGACCAAGAACCUGCGCAUCCAGUGCGAGGGGGGCAGCUUCUCGCUGCAGAGCGACCCCCGGAGCACCCAGCCGGUGCCCCGUUUCGACUGCGUGCUCAAGCUGGUGCACCACUACAUGCCGCCCCCGGGUACCCCCUCCUGCCCCUCUCCACCCGCUGAACCUUCCUCCUCGCCCUCCUCCGAGGUCCCAGAGGGCCCGGAGCCGCCAACUCAGCCUGCCCAGACCCUCCCAGGGAGCCCUCCCAGGAGAGCCUAUUACAUCUACUCAGGGGGCGAGAAGAUCCCUCUGGUGUUGAGCCGGCCUCUCUCCUCUAACGUGGCCACCCUUCAGCAUCUCUGUCGGAAGACGGUCAAUGGACACCUGGACUCCUAUGAGAAAGUAACCCAGCUGCCUGGGCCUAUUCGGGAGUUCCUGGACCAGUAUGAUGCCCCGCUAUAAAGAGCACAGGGCAGGGGUCAGGAGAGGGGCUUGGGUCCCCUCUUCUCUGUGGCACAUGGCACAAGCACAAAAAUCCAGCCGAAGGAGAGUCCUGUUGCUCUGGAGUCAGGAGGACAGGCCCCUCCCUGCGGCCCUCCCCGCUGCAGAAUGGGGCCUGCGGACUUGGAAUAUGUUUGAGGGUGGGGAGUGCCACCUGGGCUCCCCUUCCCCAGUCCAGCUUUUGGAGGAGCCAGCUGGCCAGGUGGGACAAUAGCAAUGACCAGUGGAUUCUCUUCUCUCCCCUUCCUGCACUACUCUCCGCUGCUUCCCAACAGGGGAUGCCUCCAGAGAGUUGAACUUAUAAGAACUGCCUCGGAAUCUUCAAACUUUCCAGCGGAACUUGUUGGCGCUCUGAUUUGGUUUAAACCUGAGCGAGGUGAAGGGCCUUGGAAAGGAUGGAAGGGAGAGGGCAGCCUGAGGGGCCCCAGAGCUGCGGGCUGGCCAUGAAAAUGGCCAGUCCAGGUGAGGGGGGUGGCUGCAUGCUCCACUCCCUGGCUCUGGGGAGAAAGGCAAGGGGUGACCUGAAGGGAGCCAUCUUGUGCCCCAGAGCCCAGGGCCCUUCCCUGUUAUAAGGAGGAAGUGGCAUUUGGAGAGGAUGGAUGGGCUGGUCAGUCGUCUCCUUUUCCUGCCCAUGCUGUGACUUCAGCACCUAGGGGAUGGUGGUAGAGAUGAGCCAUCAUUGACCCCAUCCCCCCCUAGAGAAGAUGGGGGAUUCAACUUUAUGCCUCCUGUCUGGCCAAGAGAUUCGCCUUAAAUGCUGGGCCACACACUGGGCCAUCCAGGCAGAGAGGCCCAGGGAUUCGCUGGAGGGCACCCAGCCAGCCACUGGUCAGGAUCAGUGGGUGGAGGGUGGGAGACCCAUGCCUUCCAGCUGAGCGCUGGAAGACCAGAAGCCCAGUUGGUGUUGGCCAGUCAUAGGCACCUCGUGGUCAGAGCAGAGCCACCAGGUCCCGUCCUCCAGGCCCUGCACAGCCCUCCCUCCUCACUUGGGGUGGGGUGGGCAGGAAGUCAUCCAGGCGCCUGCCACUCCAGCUGCUCUGGCUCUGCUGGCGCACUGAUCAGUGACAACUUACAGGAAUGUAGCAGCGACGGAAUUAACCUGGAACUGUUCUUUUUGGGGGGGAAACUAAACAUAAAAGUUUUCUGUGUCAGGUAUUUGGGCUGGGCGGGGCAGUUGUGCUUUGGGGUCAUUUUUUCCUUUUUUUUGUUGUUGUUUUUUAAUAAUGUUUACAAUCUGCCUCGAUCACUCUGUCUUUUAUAAAGAUUCCACCUCCAGUCCUUGCCCCCUCCCCACUCAGGCCUUCGAGGCUGUUAGGAGAUGCUUGAAGAACUCAACCAAAUCCCAAUCCAAGUCAAACUUUGCACAUAUUUAUAUUUAUACUCAGAAAAGAAACAUUUCAGUAAUUUAUAAUAAAAGAGCACUAUUUUUUAAUGAAAAACA